AUGGGGAUACGAGUUUCGUUUCGAUAUCUCUUCUGUAGACAUUACCGCAAAAUACAUAUGCAAACAGAUCAUUCAAAAGUGGAUUCGGAUGUAUUUUCGAAUUUCUUCCCGUAUUUUUUUAUCCGAUCAGUAGCUAAUCAGGAAUGUAAGAAGCUGAUUGCAGAACUGUUUAUUCCAUAUUCGAUCCCAGCUUCAACUAAUUUUGAAGUUCAGCAGGAUCGUAGGCAACGACGAUUUUCUUUUGAGUGUUCAGUUCACGAACCUUUAUCAGUUUUCUUCACUCGUCUUAUAUCUUCCAUUAAUGGUCAGUAUUUGAAAGGAAAGAGUAUAUCAACCAAUAACAGAGUUUAUUUAGCUACAAAAGCUAACCUGGUUUACAAAAGUACAGAUGGAUCUACUGAUUUAACAGAAUUUAGUAAUGACAAGACUUUUGAAGAUUGUUUUCUAUCCGACUCUACUAAUAAUAAUGCUAGUAAACCGUAUCAAUUAUUGUUGCAAAUAAACUUUUCCAUGCAUGACUAUCCUGAAAAAAAUACCUUGCUUGUUUAUGCUGUCCAGAAGAACCCAGCACAUUUAAUCCAAUGUCGUUUAAAUACAAUUCCAAUGGUGGGUUGCCCUGUUGUACCGCUUCUUGAAGGAGAAAAUAUAUGUCUGACAAAUUCUGAAUUUCUAUGGUUUGUUGGACAGUCUAAAAAAUGGUCCGAUAAACCGUGUCACAAAGGCUUCUUAUUCAUACCAACUGAAGAUCAUGUUGGUUUAUCAAUUCAGUUGAAAGUUCGUGUACGUGAUAUUAAAGGUAUGGCCGGUGUCCCAUUCGGAACAAACAAAUUUUUUGAUCCUUAUGGACAACCGAUUGAAUGCAAAUCGCCUGUACUUAUGGCUCCUAAUCAAGUAUUUCAUCAACAGAGGUAUAAGUGGAUUGAAAACAAUCAAUUAGAUUCACAACAUUUACGUGUUGUAAGUUACAAUAUUCUGGCCGAAAUGUAUGCUCGAUCUGAUUUUGCUCGUGCCCAUAUAUUCAAACAUUGCCCAGAGGCUUGUAUCAGUUCAGCCUACAGAUUACCUUUGAUUUUACGUGAACUGUUUUCUUAUCAGUCGGAUUUUAUCUGCCUUCAAGAAGUCGAUCGAUGGGUUUACGACAAAUACCUUCUAAAUGCUUUAAGAUCCCAUCGAAAUAUGGACGGCAUAUUCUUAGCCAAAAGAGCAGUCAUAACUGAUCCGAAUGAUCCAGCUAAAGUUAAAGUUGACACAGAAAAGGAAAAGGGUGAAGGUUGUGCAAUCUUCUACCGUCGUACUCGGUUUGAACUUGUGUCGAAAUGCGGCCUACCAUCGAUACUUGAUUAUGCAUCAACUGUUCCAUUUUUAUCAACUAUGUUAAACAAUUUCAAUUCCACAACCUUCAGUUGUGGCUCAACAGGCCAUUCGUUUAGUGAAGAGAGUACUGAAACCCAUAUUCAAAAGUCAUUAUCGCAGUGUCUGAUCAGUGGAAUAUUUCGAGAGAAGUCGACCACAUCACAAUCUCCUUUACUGAUUGUUUCUAAUGCCCACUUUUAUUUUCAUCCUUCAGCUAGUCCGAUUCGAAUGAUUCAAGCGCGUACAGUUCAUUACUACUUAUCAAAACUUGCUAUGGAUUACAAACAGUCAGAUAAUAAACCAAUUCCAAUUGUUUUUUGUGGGGACAUUAAUCAGUGUCCAGGUAGUGAUGUGUAUACCGCUCUCACUCAAGGUGAUGGAUGCCCAUCUGAUGAGGAGAUUGCUUAUCAACCUAUAUUUGAAUCAGCUUAUGCAAAUAAUCCACCUGAAUUUACUAACUGGGUGCCUGGAUUUCACAAUGUUUUGGAUGUUAUACUGUAUAAUACAGACUCAAAUUUAAAAUGUAUCCAUGUGUUGCCGAUUGAUCCACUGGAGAAAAUCAAAGAGUUGUUGAUUCAGUUAAUCAAUGAGAAUGGUCAAAUUGUGCAAGAUUCUAGUGAAUUGGGUCUCCCGAAUGCCUAUUUCCCAAGUGAUCAUAUUGCACUUGUAGCUGACUUUUCAUGGGACUCUUUAAAACAUAGAAGUGAAUAA